CUUGGAAAUAAGGCUUGACGUGUAGCAAGAAUUUCUGAUUGGUCUCAAACUUCCCCUUGCUCUUAGCCUUCUUACGGCUCUGCAUCCUGUUCCUGUGCAAUGGGAGAAGAUUAAAGUUGUCUGUGUGCACAAAUCGCUCUGAACUGCUGUCCGUGGGUGCAGCCUGUCCACAAUCUUUUCUCUUUUUUUCCUCUCCAGGAUCAUGGAAUUUGUGCCUCCGUUUCAGCGUGUUGUGCAGCCCGAGGAGAUGUGGCUUUAUAAAAACCCAUAUGUAGAAGUGGAUCAUGUGCCCACUGUACCUAUGUUUUUCAUCUCCUUUCUGUCUCCUUUACUGCUAAUUGUCCUGGCAAGGUUGUUCAUGAAUGCUGAUGAAGAAGAUACAAGGGAAGCCUGCCUAGCUGCCAGCCUCGCUCUGGUCCUGAACGGGGUUUUCACAAACGCCCUGAAGCUGAUUGUGGGGAGGCCACGUCCGGACUUCUUUUAUCGUUGCUUCCCAGACGGACGAGUGAACGCUGAGCUGGUGUGCACAGGAGACCCUAGCAUAGUGGCCGAGGGACGCAAAAGCUUCCCCAGUGGACAUGCUUCGUUUGCUUUUGCUGGUCUCGCCUUCUCUGCCUUCUACCUAGCGGGGAAGCUGCACUGCUUCCUUCCAGGCCGAAGAGGCCGGGCUCUGCGGCUCUGUGCCUUCCUGCUCCCUCUGUUUUCCGCCACCCUCAUUGCUCUGUCCCGCACCUGCGAUUACAAGCACCACUGGCAAGCAGAUGUGUUAGUUGGCUCAGCAAUCGGCUUCGUGCUCGCGUACCUCUGCUACAGGCAAUAUUACCCUCCACUGAUGGACUCCAUGUGCCACAAGCCAUUCCUGUGCAAAUCCAAACAACUGCCAGUGCACCAAGAAAAGCCAGCGACUUCCAGCUUUCGCCUAGAUGUAUAAGUGAUAGGGCAGGAGAAGACUUUAGGCAGGUUGGUCAUAGUCCACAAGAAGUGACUCAAACGAGGAUAAACUUGAAAAACAAACAAGAAUUCUUGUUUCUGCAGUGUCGGUAAGUUGUCCUGCUCAGUAGGCCUAUGUUUAGUUUCACAAAAUUUUAUAGGUGUCCCUUCCUUUGGACCUGCUCUGAAGUGAGCUAGGUAUUCAGCAUGCAAGCCUACAGGAGGAAUGCCUGGUUACAGAAGAUCCUGAUGUGAAAACUGGAAAAAUGUGACAAUUUGUGUGCCAUGUAUGGAUGAGUGUUCUUCUGUCCACUUUACAGUGAAAGAAUGCAGAAAGCAUGAUCAGAUGUUCUCCUUCAAUUCAAUUGAGCAUCCUUUUUCAUAGAAAGAAUAUGUUGAAGUGCAGGACCUUGCACUAAGUUUAAGUACAUCUGUUAAAUCACAGUUGAAUAAAUCUGGAGUAGUAAGUACAAGGUUGCAGUCUUUAACCAUGUAUUUAGUGGGGAGAGGGAAGAUGAAAGUAGAUUGUUAUUGGUGUUAUUAAUUAUUAUUGUGCUCACCCUGCUUUUUUAUCCUAAUCUGCCAAAUAAAGAAGUUUAAUUUUUUAAGUGGGAGCUGUAUUACCUGCAAUACUAAAAACUUUACUUUGAUAUCUGGGUUUAUUGCUGUAUAAACCAUUUACUUUGGUAUGUCUGCAUGGGUUUCUAGGUGGUGGGUUUUUUUUUUUUUAAUCUCUUUCUUUGCAGCUUUAAUACAGCACAUAAUUGUGAAGAGAUGACAAUCAGCAGAAAAUGAAAUGGUGUCUUAAAGCAUCCUUUUAGAGUUGCUUUUUCUUCUGCACCAGUUUGGUUUCUUAGACAAUGGAAGGGUAGAAUGCUGCUGAGAAAUCCAAGGCACAGCUAUAUGGCAAUAUGAUUGUAAGUAGUUAUUUCUCACUAGUUUCCUGCAUAGAUAUGCACAUUCUUUAUCAAGUGUACAUAUGUGCAAACAGCAAGGUGAGACUAUGGCAGAGCUAGGCACGUGUGCCUCUACUGAGCUCACAUAAUGACAGUAAUGAAAACACUCCCUCAUCUUCAGCUUGGGCCUCAUCAGCCCAUCAGGACCCUGCAUUUUACUUUAGAAGAAGUUACAGAAAUAGCUUUACUUUCCCUUGAAAUUGUGCAACUGUAAGUUCCUAAACCCUUUCCCUCUGUCUCACCCAAACAUGCGCACACUACAGCCACCUAUUUAUUUAUUUAUUUUGGCUUUUACUGGAAAAGACAUUAAAUAACAUUUAAAACGUAUUUAAUUUUUUCUUUUUUUUUAUACAAAGUGCAUAACUUAACAAGCUGAUCGUGACAGUAUCCCCUGUUAAGACUGUUCCUUUUGAUACUCUUGUAGGAGACGCUUUAGCAAUCAAUCAGUAAUUCAGGCUCCGACUGAGCAGCAUGUCUUUUUCUUCAGUCAGGUAAAAAAAAAAAAAAACAAAAACAAAAACCAGCUUCAGUUCUUUCUGGAUGGGAGGAGGGUUGUGGGUUGCAAACAAUACCUUUUAAAUAGUGCAAAUAAUGUAGUACAAUGGAGGACAAACAAACUGAAGCUGUGGAAAAAAGGCUUGUUACCCCACGCAGGGCAAAAGUCGGUAGGAAGGAAAAGUGGUUUGGCUCUUUCCAAACAGUCAGAGCAAUGACCUUACACAUCAUUGAAACAUCUGCCUUCCCCUUGCUCAGAGGCUCAGGCUUCAGCCUAGCCAGUGAGUCAGCCUGGAUGUUUUUGGUCACAAGGGACAGAUCACCUGAGGCUCUCUGGCCCGGUUACCCUUAGAGUAGAGCUAACACACGUCAAUGAGCUGCAGACCUAACUCUGUGCAAAACUGUUUUAAUUUCCUCAGUGGAGUCAUUAGCACAUAGUGUCCAAACCCUAUGACCUGGGCUCUGACUUCACUAGCUGCAUUUCUUAUAUUUAACAACAAAAACAACAACUGGAGUAGUGCCGGAGCCCAGCUGGCACUAAGUCCUUAUAGCCACCUUGAAAGCCACACAGCAGCAGAACAGUAGCUUUGCUCCAUGCUCCUGCAUAGCACGGAAGAGCUGUCCCUCCAGGGCUCUGAAUUGCUUGGACAGUGCUGAGGAGCAGCUGCUUCCCCCUGAUUUAGCUAUAGUUUCAAUCUGGAGGUAUAUCUUUCCUAGCAUGAGGUUCCAUCUCCAUGGGAAUUGAGACUUGUCAUUCUGGCUUUUGUAUGUAGUCAUGAAGAGGGAGGUAGAUGUGCUCGAUCCCUCCCUGAAGGCUUCCAUGAGGCACAGAGCGCCUCAGGCCAGAGGGUCUAGAUCCCUAAUCAAUAAAUUUCAACUAGACACCUCUCCAGCUAAAACCUGACUUCAGCAGUGGAACUCAAGGAACGGGGAAUAGAAGACAAGCUCCCAAACUGUUUUCAAAAAAGGCUGUCCCUCAUAUACUCUUGACCAUAGACUUGAGGACAUAUGGCUGCUUCAUGCAUGGGAUAGACGUAGGCACGAGCUGCGCUGCCAUCCUACACAGGAUAUGUGCAGUGCCUCAGGGAGGCCCUUUGUUUAUUGGCCAUAGUAGGCUCAAAGACAAUGAUGCUGAGAAAUCAAUACUAAUGUAUUACAGCAGACAGUAAAGCCUGGUUCAAGUAUUCACAAACAUGCUUCUCUCAUGAGUUGUUUUUAUGGGGCAGUCCUUCCUGAAGGAACCAAGAAGGAGCAAUUCAGGGAGAUAAGAGUGGUUGGUAGGCAUAUUCCUGCUUGCUUAGCAGAUGCCUGUGCUCCUUGUUCUUCACCUCGCAUGCUCUAGCCUCUCUAGUGCUCACUGUUACA